AUGGCUUUUCAACACCUCAGGCUGCCGCUUGUGAUUGUAUCUGUGGUUCUGGUCAUCUACACAUUCCCAGUUCAAUGUACAUUUUUCAAAGCUCACCCUGCAAUUGUAAUCAUUACAAACCCUGCUAGUUUUGUCACAAAAUGUCUUCCAGUGGCUGAAGCCAAACUUGCCAUUGCAGCGGAGCCAGACAAAGCUAAAGAGUUUCUUAACGCUCGGAAACGAUUCAAGAGGCAACUGUGGGAUCGCCCUCAGCCCGAUGUUCAGCAAUGGACUCGGCAGUUCAUGUACAUGGGGUUUGAUGAACUGAGGAUUGAAACCGACUUAUCCUACUGGAUGGAUCGAGGACGCAACCCCCACGACUACUACGGGCACCAGCACCAUUAUGAUGAGAAUGCACCGAUUGGACCUCGCGAUCCCUAUUCUUAUAGGCAUGGAGCAAGCGUUAACUAUGAUGACUAUUAAAAAAAACGUAACUUCCACUUCAGGGAAACAUUGUCUUUUUAUUUGUUUUAUUUUUGCAAUUCUGUGGACUGUUGUGGGCAAUGUAAAAGCAUGGGGGUUUACGUAAUUACAAGAAACUUUGACAUUGCAAGUUAUAUACUUUGUAAUUCAAGACUUUACAAUUUACAAUAAAGGCAUUCCAUAGUGACCUUGACACGACCUGUACAGAAUGCACAUUAUAUAUACUGAAUAUUAUCUACUUUAUAUUAAACUAAGACAUUUAAUCAGUUCCUCUGUUUCUUUAUACAGCUUUGAAUAUAAAGUAAGCAAGUUAUUGGUUGGCAGUUUUUUUAUUUUUAAUUUAAAGUGUUCAUCCAGCAUCAAGACAAAGAUAAGUAACACGCAACUGACCUUCACUCCCAGUUAGAUAAAUGUGCUCUUCCAAUGUGCACGUCAUUUAUCUAUCGAACACAAUUGGCAAUUAUUUUUAUUUAUUUAUUUAUUUUUUAAAGGAAAUAGAAAUUGCUAAUUCUAUACGAUAAAUAACAAAACAAAUUUGUGGCAUUCAAUCAACCAUGGGGUUG